CAGGUCCAGAUUUCUUUUCCUAGAAAUUUCUUAAAAAAAAAAAAAAAAGAAAGAAAAGAAAAGGAAAGAAAAUUUUUGUUGUUUUUCACCCGAGAAAUGUCGGACCCUGAAUCCACCACCACCGUCACUACUUCUGCUCACGAGGAUUCCACUGCAGGAAUGGAGACCCAUGGCCAGAAUCAAGAUGCGAAACCUGUGGACAUCAAAGAGGAGACGGAGAAGCUCAGUAACCUCGCGCUGCAAAUUUGGCCGCCGACUCAGCGUACUCGUGAAGCCGUGAUCAAGCGCCUCGUCGAGACGCUGUCGUCACCGUCUGUGCUCUCCAAGCGGUACGGCGCGAUCCCGGAGGAAGAGGGAGCUGCCGUGGCCAAAUCUAUUGAGGACGAGGCCUUCACGGUCGCGGAUGCCUCAUUCUCCCCCGGGAGCGACGGCAUCGAGAUUCUCCAGCUCUACUCUAAGGAGAUCAGCAAGCGCAUGCUCGAUACCGUCAAGGCUCGGGCCGGAGAAGCCGCGUCUCCAGCUGCACCCUCGGCUUCUGCGGCUGUGGACUCCAGUGCGCCUCCCACGGGAUCUGCUGGUGGCGAAGAGGUCUCUUCGUCCGUUGAGGAGGAGGCUUGAGUUUGGGGAUUCUUGUCUCUCUAGCUUCUUGAUUUAGAUGGAUAUGGUAUGUUUUUAUCAUUUUUCCAUUUUCGUGUCUCUUUCUGAAUAUGUCCGUACUGUCUAUGAAUAUUGGAUGCUUACAUAUCAUAGUAGUGUUUGUAAUAUUAAUCAGUACUAGGAGUUUUUUUAUCCGAUAAUUAUUUUGGAAAUUUGCGUAAUUUUCUGAUUUGAUUCGAUUUUCUUUGUCUACUUGUUGCUACACUGUGAAAUGAGAAUGGUUAUUGCUAUGAACUGUUCUUUGAUGUUUCACUGUGCUGAUAAAUAUCAGCACUGUUC